AUUUAUUGACUUAAAUUUAGCAAAGCUUUCGUCGUCUCGCGCAUUGAGGUUCUCGGCUUCAAGCAGCCAUAUUUGUCUCAGAAUAUCUCCGCCUGAUUUCAUCGUUCAUCAUCGAGCCUUUACUCGAGGGUCAGCCAUUGCGGCUGUCGAAGUCGCCGAUGUGUUUUUGUUUGAUGAUCGGCCGGGGAUGAGUUUUGUUUAAUCUUCCAACUUUUGAGGGGAUUUAGCCGCUUUUAUUCAGCGGUGUUAAGGUGAGUGUUUUGGUGGAAAAGGGGGAUUUGGCCUGCUGAGUUUAUUGAUUUGGUUGAAUAAGGGCAUGAUAGAGGGAUCUUUGCUGUAAGAAUGUUCUCGAGCCGGCCUUUAGUGCAUCCGGUGGAGGCACCACCUCUCACUGAUGCAACUGAGAAUCGCCCGCCUAGGGUUAGGAUGAAGGACAUUCAGGGCAUGCCGGGGACGUCCGGGGGUCUUGCCCUUCGUUUAUUUCAAUUUAUCUUUGCUGGGGCAGCUUUGGGUGUGAUGGCCUCCACCAAUGAUUUCGGCUCUGUCACUUCUUUCCGCUAUCUGGUCGCUGCAGCCAUCUUGCAAAGCUUAUGGAGCCUUUCCUUAGCUUUUCUUGAUGUAUAUGCACUCCUAGUUAAGCGCAGCUUGGGAAAUCCAUUGGUCACCUUAUUAUUUGCGAUUGGAGAUGGGAUCACUUCUACGCUCACAUUUGCAGCAGCUUGUGCAUCGGCAGGCAUAACAGUUUUGAUUGGAAAUGAUCUCAACAUAUGUUCAAUGAAUCAUUGUACAACUUUUGAAACUGCAACUGCCAUGGCUUUCAUCAGUUGGUUUGCUGUUUCACCAUCAUUCCUCCUGAAUUUCUGGUCAUUGGCGUCGAGAUGAGUUUUAUCCCGGUGAUUAUUCAUGUAAGAAGGACCUUGCGACCAUAAUUUUUGCUGCAAGUUGAAUUUGAUGUUUGUGAAGAGGGGGGCAUCAUCUGUAGAUAUGCGCAUCCCACGCCCUCAAAAGUGUGAAUUGAUGAUUCCUUGUACAACGUGUGAAUUGAUUCCUUAGUGGCACUCAGUCUUCUUCACCGGCUCUCACUUUUGAAACUAAACCUUCAACAAAAAAAAAAAACCUUGUGUCAUUAUCUGUAAUGUAUUUUACUUUUCUCCUCUAUUCUGUAUGGUUUUGAAAUAGGAAAGUCUUCUGUUGUUUUCAUUUGUUUUUUUUUCU